UUACAGAAUAAGAGAAAAGAUAAAACGAUUCGUUCUUUUUUCUUUAAUUUUAUCAUCUUGACUCCCUUUCUAUCAUCUUUAUCAUCUUCAUCAUCUUUUCCAUCAUCCUCAUCAUCUUAAUUAUCUUUUGUUCAUCGUUGAUUAAAAUCUUUUAAUUUCAUUCCAAUUAAACUUAUCAUUCGUCCAAACGAUUACAAUGUUCUCGGGAUGUCAACACCAACAUCGUCGGCAACAAUUAACUUCCUAAUUAAGUUAAUGAAAACAUAAUUAGUUGAUCAUGAUUCUAGAUCCUUUGUUAAUCCAGUUAAUUGUUCGACACAAUUCAAUUCAACUCUGAUCACAAUUCUAAAUUGUUCUAAUAAUUUCUUUAUCCAUCUAAAUGUGAUUAUAUUGGUUCGUUUUUUUCAGAGUUUUUAAUUUCUCCACUUCUAUUUAACUAAUUGUCUCAUCAUCAUCAUUGUGUGUUUGUUAUCAUCAUCAUCGUCAUAUAAUCAGAAAGAUGUUACAAUUAAUGAUUAAUUAUAAUAAUUAUCUAUUUUAAUUUCCUCUCUUGAUUGAUUGGGUUUUUUUGGGUUCAACUCUUUACUGUCAAUAUGUUGAUUCCAAUAGUUAAUUGUUGCUGUUUAAUUUUACCUUCAAUGUUUUUGUCUUUGUUAAUAAUUAUCCCUAAACCUUGUUAAUUGUGAUUUAAGGUUAAAAUAAUAAAAUUAAUAACAAUCAAUAUAGCAAUUAAUUAUCACUCUAAUUGCCCCAACGAUCAGUCGUCAUCAUCAACGAUUUACAAUCAACGUUUCGUCUCAAUUUUCAGCUUCAAAUCGUCAGAAAACUCAAUCAAAUCUCAUCGGCCUUUCCAAGUGUCCAUCGUAAUUUAAAUCAACCACCGAUAAACUUAGUCACUUGAUCUUAAUCUCAUUCGGAUUAAUCCUUAAUCCAUCAACAAUCAAAAUGACUCGAAGAGGAUCAAGUCUCGGAUAUGAACAUACAUUGAUGUAUGGUCAAUAUCGCGAGGAUUUGGGUCGAUUUGCCAAAGCUCAAGCUCGAAGGAUGAAAUCAAUUAAACGUAAAGAGGAAUCGUCGUUAAUUAAGAAAGGAUUUAAAAAGUACCAAUCAACAUGGAAAAGAAAAUUUUCUGUUUAUUUUCAGAUCUUUUGGAAACACAGUUUCGCAAAGAUCGGCGAGGAUUGGAUUUUCUUAGCGCUUCUCGGGAUGUCGAUGGCAUUUUUAUCCUUCUUUAUUAAUAUUGUCAUCGAAUCGACGGUGACCGCUCGCCAGCGACUGUACAAAGAUUUUACAUAUAACUCACCGGUGUGGAAAUUUAUUGGGUGGACAUCGACACCGGUGCUGAUGAUCUUGUUCGCCUCGGGCUUUGUACAUAUUGUUGCUCCACAAGCGGUUGGUUCGGGUAUUCCAGAAAUGAAAACUAUUCUAGGUGGUGUGGUGCUUAACGAGUAUCUUACCUUUCGAACUCUAAUCGCCAAGAUUGUUGGACUUUCCUUUACUCUUGCCUCCGGAUUACCAUUGGGUCGGGAAGGUCCGUUUGUCCAUAUAUCGUCAAUCAUAGCGACUCUUAUGUCCAGAAUGGUGACCACUUUUAAAGGUAUUUACGAGAAUGAAUCUCGAACCGGUGAAAUGUUGGCCGCUGCAUGUGCGGUGGGAGUGGCAGCUACAUUUUACACACCCAUCGGUGGAGUGCUUUUCUCAAUCGAGGUAACAUCAGUUUACUUUGCUGUGAGAAACUAUUGGCGUGGCUUUUUCGCCGCUUGUUGUGGUGCCACAAUUUGGAGAUUAUUAACUGUAUGGAUUAAAGAUGCUUCAAUUUCGGCACUUUUUAGAACAAGCUUCAAAUCAGAAUUUCCCUUCGAUCCCCAAGAGUUGUUCAUCUUCGCCCUGAUUGGUACAGUUUGCGGAUUCGGUGGUGCUUGUUAUGUUGCCUUCCAUCGUAAAAUUGUACAAUUCAAUCGUAAUCACAAACGAUGGAAUCAAUUUCUUCAACUUAAUCGAUUUCUUUAUCCAGGCCUGGUUACUUUUAUUAUCACGAGCUGUACUUUCCCUCCAUUCCUAGGUAAAUACAUGACUGUUGAGGUUUCAACUCAUCACUUGGUUGAUCAAUUGUUCAGUAAUAUUACAUGGGGAUCAGGUUCUCAAGAUUAUGUUACUCAGGGUAUUCUGAAGGAUUGGACUACAGAUCAUACGAGUUUUUAUUUUCAUUUAUGUUUUUAUAUUUUCAUGACGUGGUGGACAUCGGCUUUGGCCUCAACGAUUCCCGUUCCUAGCGGGGUGUUUAUCCCUGUCUUUCUAAUGGGCGCAGCUUUCGGUCGACUUGUUGGUGAAAUUAUGGCCGUUCUAUGUCCGGAUGGAAUACCUUUUGGAGAUCGAAACAUCCCGAUUGUUCCUGGAGGAUAUGCUGUCGUGGGUGCGGCCGCUUUCGCUGGAGCGGUUACACAUACGAUCUCAACGACGGUCAUUGUCUUUGAACUAACUGGUCAAAUGUCUCAUAUUAUUCCUGUUAUCAUGUCCGUUCUGAUCGCCAAUGGGAUCGCUCAAUCGUUAAAACCAUCAAUUUAUGAUUCUAUCAUUGAGAUUAAGAAGCUUCCCUUUUUACCAUCAAUCAAAUCGACCUCAUCAACGGCCCAUCGGAUUAUGGUCGACGAUAUAAUGACUCGUGAUGUCGUUUAUGUUUGGAGACGCUGCUCUUACAAGGAUUUACUGAACACUUUGGAGACAUUCGUUAAGAUCGAAACCUUCCCUCUAGUAGAUACUCCAUCGUCUAUGAUACUUUUAGGCUCAAUUCAGCGUCAUGAACUUCGAUACAUUUUGAAUAAACAACUUAGCAAAGAGAAGCGAUUACAAGAAGUCCAAAGACGAUAUUCUCAACAAGAUGUGAUGAGAACCUUUUCGACUUUACCCUCGACAAUGGAAUCAUCAAGAGAAUCGCUCACUCAGCCAAAAACACCGGAAGCUAAAUCGCGUUUUGAAGUUCGUUUAAUCAACAGUCAAAACGAUGGAUUCACCACCGGAUCGGCUGGAAGUGGUGCAAGUUCAAUCGAUGGAGGUAAAUCAGGGCCGAAACGAUCAUCACCUCCACCCUCGCCCACCAUGGGGACCAAAACACCAGUUAAAUCAAUCUUGAAACAAACAGCAACUUUCACAACAUAUUCACCAAAUUCAACGAUAACUCAAGACUUUCGAUUACGUCAAGCAUUUGAAAAUAUCUUCAUGAAGAGUUUGAAACUUCAAGAUGCUCAUCCAAGCAAAGUCUCUAGUGGAGUUGUAUCCAAUAGUGCUCCAAGUACCCCUUCAAUUCAACGGAGAGUCCAAUUGCCAAGAGAGCGAGUAAUUGAUAUGUCACCGGAGGAACAGCUCGCUUGGGAAGAGGAGCAAUUAAAUUCAAUCAUUGAUCUCUCAGCUUGUCACAUCGACCCAGCGCCGUUCCAAUUGGUUGAACAAACUUCGUUGAUUAAAGUUCAUUCAUUGUUUUCAAUGUUACAAUUGAAUUUAGCUUAUGUAACAUCAAUCGGUCGUUUGGUUGGGGUAGUUACACUAAAAGAUAUCCGAAUUGCAAUCGAGCGAAUGAACAAUGGAACAUUAGUACCAAAGCCCAGGCCAUCUCCGAACAUUGGAUUCCCAGCGUCUGAUGGCAGUUACACGGACACUUUGACCUCCGUGGCGACGGACGAAUCCAAUCCGAACGUCGAAGAUGCAAACACCAUUAAAAUGGCGACUGUUACAUCUUAGAAACAAUUAGUUAAUCAGUAUUUUGUUUUUGUGAUCGAUUUCUUUUUAUACUGAAAAUCUUUUUUUAUUACAAUGAGUAGAUUUUACAAAUGAUGCAUUUUCUUUACCAUGACAAUUAAUAAGAAAAUUAUAUAAUUAUCGAUGACUUGA